AUGGCACGAACUCGAAUUCUAGGGCCACGAGCUGUGGUAUGGUCUUUGGUUGUGCUCGUUAUUGGAAUUUUAUACAAAUCCUAUGUGCACAACAUAAUUUUUAUCACAAUUGGCGUCGGCCGAGAUAUCCAAUCAAUUGACGAAUUCCCAUGGACCUGCACUCGUCUGCAGAGCCCACUCUUAGAAGGAUGUGAGGAUAUGUGGUUAGAUGACCAAGGACGAAAACUAUACGCAGCAUGCAGCUCUGUAGGCUCAAGACAGGGAUGGAGUCCGGGUGGCAGCAAAUUCAAUAUCUCCGCGAGAUCUCACACGGAUCAUAUCGCAGUGUUGAAUAUUGACCAACCCGGCCCAGACGGGCUAUAUGGCCUCCACAAGCUCAACGUUGCUGGUUAUCUUGGCGAUCUGGAUCUGCAUGGAUUUGAGGUGCGCAACAUUGAAGGCAGACUACGAUUCUGGUUGAUCAAUCAUAGACCCCCAGUCGAUCCUACAACAGGGGAGUUCCUUGAUGCCUGGGUCGUUGGAGCGAACUCGACAAUUGAGAUCUUUGAUUUGGACAAUGCCUCGGAGACACUUGAGCAUGUCAAAACUAUUGCCAGCGAUGCGAUCAUUUCGCCUAACAGCUUGGCUGUUGACAAGGAUGGUCUGGGGAUCGUGAUUACCAACGAUCGCAACGCCAAGGUUGGCACUUUUGUGGAAUUGGAAAUGUUGAUUGGUGGCGGAAGUCUCACCUAUUGUCGAUCUGACACAGGGAAGUGCCAUGUCGCUGCUAGCAAAGGAUUUUCCUUUGCCAAUGGUGUCGUCCAAGAGAAUGGACUAUACUAUGUGGCUCAUUCAGUGUCUGGAGUCGUGACUGUCCACAAAUUAGUUGACGACCAGCUGAUUCAAGUUGACAAAAUCUACACGGGAUAUCCACUCGACAAUCUAUCUCUCGAUGCCGAUGGGAACCUCCUGGCUGCCGCAAUUCCGGACUCCAUUUCAUUUGUGAAGUCUAUCGAGGACCCAUACGAAGUUGUUGCUCCUGCUACCGUUCUCGCGGUCAAUAUAAUAGCCACUCAGCUGAGAACGCACAGCGCGAAGGAUUGUGAAGUCUCGAAGCUCCUGGAAGACAGAGAUGCCAAAUGGCUUCCUACUUCGACGGUUGUAGUGCAAGAUGUUGAAUCGCACCGUUUGUUCCUUGGAGGAGUCCUGUCACCAUUCAUCACUAUAUGUGAGAAGCAUGUUUAG